AUGCACUACCCCUCCCGCUGUUUUGUUGCUCUUGCUGCAGUACAUAAGUUUUAUUGUUCAAGUCUCUUUCUUCUGCUGAACAUCACCAACAAGACUCAGACUUACCAAGCUACUCCCCAACACCCGAACAAACAAACAACCACCGCAAACAUGUCCGACGCACUCCGCCAAUCCAACACCGACAAGGCCGCCUCGGCCCUCAAGCCAGACAGCCAGAAGUCCGCCCUCGAGCAGGUCCAGGACAGCGCCAAGAGCACCGCCGACUCCGUUGCCGGUACUCUCCAGCCAGAGGGCGAGAAGUCCAUUGGCCAGAAGGCUUCCGACACCGUCACUGGAUCCGGUGGUGAUGCACAGAAGCAAGGCGAGGGUGUCCUCCAGCAGGCCCAGGACGGUGCCGCAAACCUUGCUAACCAGGCUAGCGAGACCAUCAGCGCUGGCGUGAAGCAGGCUCAGGAUGCUCUCGGUCUCAACCAGGGCGGCAACGCCGGCACCUCUGGCCCCAAGUAA